AUGGCGGUCAGGCGAGGACAUGUAAUAGUGAUACCCCACGCAGCACAAGGCCAUUUAGCUCCUCUCAUGAAGUUAUCACUCCAAAUCGCCGCUCAUGGAGUGAAAGUGACGUUAGUUAACACCGAAUUCAUUCACGAAAAAGUGAUGGCUUCCUUACCGGCGAAAGCUUUGGAAGAAGACCAGAGGCCGCCGAUAAGCUUAGUUUCGAUCCCUGAUGGAUUGGAAGCUGACGAUGAUCGACGGGAUUACGUUAAGAUGACGGAAAGUAUGCAGAGAGUUAUGCCUGGUCAUUUCAUGAAGUUGAUCGAGAAUAUUAAUAGUAGGAGUAACGGUGAUGAGAAAAUCAGUUGUGUUUUGGCUGAUACGGCGGCCGGAUGGGCGCUUGAAGUGGCGGAGAAAAUGGGAAUCAAACGAGCGGCGGUGCUUCUCUCUGGACCGGCAUCUAUGGCACUGGCACUGCAUGUUCCAAAGCUUGUUGAAGCUGGAAUUUUAGAUAGUGAUGGAACACUGAAAACAGAUGAACCGAUCACACUUUCAGAAGAUAUCCCAUCAUGGAGUCGCAGUGAGCUGUCAUGGAGUUGCAGUGACGACCCAGUGAUGCAGAAACUUCUAUUUGCAUAUGUUUCAACCGCUGCCAAAACUUUCAAAUUUGCAGAACAGAUUCUUUGCAACUCAUUUCAUGAGCUCGAUCCAUCUGCCAUGAAAUUGAUCCCCAAAGCCUUACCCAUUGGCCCUUUUUCAACAACCAAUCAUUUCGAAACCUUUGCUGGAAAUUUAUGGCCUGAAGACUCUACUUGCUUAACCUGGCUCGAUAAACAAACCCCAGGCUCCGUCAUUUACGUAGCAUUGGGAAGCACAACCAUGUUGAGUCCAAACCAAGUGGGUGAACUCGCACUCGGCCUUGAACUCACUGCUCUCCCAUUUUUAUGGGUGGUGAGGUCCAACAUGACUGACGGUUCAACAGCGGAAUUCCCUAAAGGUUUCAUGGAGAGAGUGGCGGAUCGUGCCAAAUUGGUGCAGUGGGCGCCUCAGGAAAAGGUGUUGGCUCACCCUAGUGUGUCUUGUUUCCUGAGCCACUGCGGUUGGAAUUCCACCAUGGAAGGUCUAACAAUUGGGGUUCCUUUUCUUUGCUGGCCAUACUUUGCGGAUCAGUUCCAUAACCGAACCUAUAUCUGUGAUGUUUGGAAGAUUGGUCUUGGAUUGGAAAAAGAUGAAAAUGGGAUUAUUACAAGGAAUGAACUGAGUUCCAAGAUCAAUACACUGCUCUCUUCUGAUGAAAUCAAAGCAAAUUCAUUUCAACUCAAGGGAGUUGCUAGAAAAAGUGUGGCUGAAGGUGGGUCUUCUUUCAAAAAUUUUAAAGGCUUCAUUGACCAGAUUUAACUCUGGCUUUAAAUUAAUGUUUAUUGUCAUUGUCUCCAUGAAUUGAAUUGUAACAAACAUUUUAAUCA